CAUUAGCUGGAAAAUAAAAAAUAAAAAAAUUGAUAAAACUAAUACAUAUAUACAAACAAGACUUAUAUUAUCUUUAACUUUGAGAGAAAACAGAAAAACCAAAAAUAAAAAAUAAAUGGAUGAUACCCUUAGCCAAAAUGAAUCCUCAAAAACAUGUCCUCAAUGUUGUUGCACAACUUCAUUAUUUUUCAAUUCACCAAAUUCACAAAACACAAAACCAUCAAAACAUCAUAGAAACAGUUCAUCUGAAUGUCGUCACACUUUUGCAUCAUCAACAACAUCCUUAAUUUUUCCAAACACAUAUUUUACAAACCAUGAAUCUCUUCCAUCUUAUGAAGAAUCAUUCAUUGAAUUCAACAAAGUUUUUCCUCAAUUUUCUGAGACAGAACAUGUUGACCAUGUUAGAGCUAAAGAAUAUUCUCAUCUUUCAUUUUCUAAUCAUACUUGUCUUGAUUAUAUCGGUAUUGGUCUUUUUUCUUACUCUCAAAUGCAAAAACAUGUUCAUCAUAAUGAUGAUGAUGCAUCAAAAACCAAACAUUCUUUACCUCAAUUUACUGAUAUACCCUUCUUUAGCAUAUCUUGUAAAACAGGAAAUUUGAAGACUUUACUUCUUCAUGGUGGACAAGAUUCCGAAUUCGAGUCAGCAAUGAGAAAAAGAAUCAUGAAUUACCUUAACAUAUCGGAAAACGAUUACUUCAUGAUUUUUACAGCUAAUAGAACUUCAGCUUUCAAACUUGUAGCAGAUUGUUACCAAUUUCAAAAAAGUAGAAAGCUUUUAACAGUUUAUGACCACGAAAGCGAAGCUGUGGAAGCCAUGAUUAGUUCGUCUGAGAAACGAGGAGCAAAAGUUAUGUCAGCCGAGUUUUCGUGGCCAAGGCUAAGAAUUCAGUCAACAAAGUUGAGGAAAAUGAUUGUAAGUAAAAGAAAGAAGAAGAAAAAAGAAGGUCUUUUUGUUUUGCCACUUCAUUCAAGAGUAACAGGAUCAAGAUAUCCUUAUAUUUGGAUUAGUGUUGCACAAGAAAAUGGUUGGAAUGUUUUGGUUGAUGCUUGUGCAUUAGGACCGAAAGAUAUGGAUUGUUUCGGUUUAUCACUUUUUCAACCUGAUUUUCUUAUUUGUUCUUGCUAUAAAGUUUUCGGCGAAAACCCUUCUGGAUUUGGUUGCCUUUUCAUCAAGAAAUCUGUUAUUUCAACUUUGGAAACAAAUUCUUCUGCAGGAAUAGUUAAUCUUGUGCAAGAAAAGAAGCAACAUGUCGAAGAUUCUUUCGGUAUAGAUACUAAAAUGGAACAAAAAUCAGUACUUAAGUUACAUUUACAUCAAGAAGAGCCGUUUUACUUGACAUCUUUCUCUGAUGAAUUUGAAAAAGGAGAACCAUCUGAGAUAAAGAUCGUAUCGGCGCAUGAAGAGUUAAAACCGUCUCAAAGGUUUGAAAUUGAGGAGUUGGAAAAUCAAGUUCAAAUUCUUGAAAAGGGUGUUCAAGAAAGUGAUAAAAAUGGGAACUUUGAUCUUGAAUGUAGGUGUUUAGAUCAAGUUGAUUCAUUAGGAAUUAUAUUGAUUAACGAUCGAGCAAGGUAUUUGAUUAAUUGGUUAGUGAAUUCAAUGUUGAAGCUUAAGCAUCCUAACACCGAAGGGGUUUCACUAGUGAAGAUUUAUGGUCCAAAAGUUAAAUUUGAUAGAGGACCGGCAAUGGCAUUCAAUAUAUUCGAUUGGAAAGGCGAAAAAGUUGAGCCGGUACUUGUUCAAAAACUCGCUGAUAGAAGUAACAUUUCUAUAAGCUAUGGAUUGUUGCAUCAUAUAUGGUUUGCUGAUAAGUAUGGAGAUGAAAAGGGAAGAAUUUUAAAGGAUAAGAAAAAGAAAGAUCAUAGAGAAAAAAUUGGAAUCACUGUUGUUACUGUUGCAUUAGGGUUUUUAGCUAAUUUUGAAGAUAUUUAUAGGCUUUGGUGUUUUGUUGCUAGGUUUCUUGAUGCUGAUUUUGUUGAGAAGGAAAGGUGGAGAUAUACUGCUCUUAAUCAGAAAACUGUUGAAGUUUAAAUUUUAUUAUGUUUAAUUCAUUCUUGUUGAUUGUUUAUCUUGCUUGAAAUUUCAUGUAUUUGAAUAUUUGAUUCUUUAAUGAGACUAUUCAUUCAUUUGGCUAAUUUCAUAUUAACAUUGUUACUUCUUUCAA